CUUCCACUGUUUUGAAACCCAAAACCCCAGAGGGCAAACAAAACCAAAUGUUGGGUUUGAUUGCAUUAUCUUCUUCACCUUCACCUUCUACACUUCUUAAUCCUUCAUUAAUUGCCUUCCCAUCACACCACCACCACUACAAACACCACUUCGCACUUAUAAAACGUCCCACCGUCACAACCAACAACAACACUCAAUGGAGGUUGUGUUUCUCAUAUGAAGUAGGUGGCGGUUACCCAGCUGAAGAUUUCAAUUCACAUAAAAAUAAAACCCUCUUUGAUGGGGACCAGAAAAUGGACAAUGCUCAGUAUGAAGCUUUGCUCAAAGGGGGUGACCAAGUCACUUCUGUUCUUCAGGAAAUGAUCACUCUUUUGGAAGAUAUGAAUAUGAACGAAGCAUCUGAGGCAGUGGCUGUGGAAUUGGCUGCACAAGGAGUUAUAGGUAAAAGAGUUGAUGAGAUGGAAUCAGGUUUUAUCAUGGCCCUAGAUUACAUGAUACAACUUGCUGAAAAGGACCAAGAUGAUCAGCGCAAGGCACUUUUGGAAGUAAUAAAGGAGACCGUAUUAUCUCAUCUUACAAAGAAGUGCCCUCCACAUGUUCAAGUGGUUGGCCUGCUUUGUAGAACUCCACUGAAAGACAGCAGACAUGAAUUGAUGCGUCGAGUGGCUGCUGGUGGUGGUGUUUUUAAAAGUGAGAAUGGUAGCAAGGUUCAUAUUCCUGGAGCAAAUUUAAAUGAUAUAGCUAACCAGGCAGAUGAUUUACUGGAGACAAUGGAAACUAGACCAGUUGUUCCAGAUCGAAAACUACUUGCAAGGCUUGUGUUGAUCAGAGAGGAAGCUCGGAAUAUGAUGGGAGGUGGGAUAUUGGAUGAAAGAAAUGACCGUGGCUUUACGACUCUUCCUGAAUCAGAGGUGAACUUCUUAACCAAACUGGUUGCUUUGAAACCUGGCAAAACUGUUGAAGAAAUGAUAAAAAAUGUAAUGCUUGGGAAAGAUGAAGGUGCAGAAAAAAGUGAUGAGGUUGAUACAAAUGGUAGAAAAUCCAGUGGAGUUAUAGGAAGGGAUAGCAUUACAGGACGGAAACCUCUUCCUGUGCGCCCUGGCAUGUUUCUUGAGACUGUCACCAAGGUCUUAGGUGGUAUAUACUCUGGAAAUGUCCCUGGUAUUACGGCACAACAUCUUGAAUGGGUUCAUCAGAAAACCCUUAAAGUUCUUGAGGAGAUAGCAUUCAAAGAAUAAUUGUCAGAGAUCCUGCUUUCCAUUAUUAACCGGUUUUUGCUGGCUAAUUCUGUUGGAGUUUGGAAGAGAAUGGAGUAUAGCUUAUUUUUGGUAAAUAUUUCUUCCAACUAUUGAAACACCCACAGGCUGAUUACUUGUUAAAUAUAUGAUUGUAUAUUAGUUAAAGAAAAUUGAUGCUCAUUCAACAUUUUGCACAGCAAAAGCAUUUCCUGCAGGCUGUGUUGAUGUUCCCCAUUAGCUUUCUUUGUAGUUUUAUGUAUCUGUCCAAUUUUUUUUUAUGCAUGGGACUGUAUAAAAAAGGCUGUAUUAAGUGAAAGAAAAUUGUCUCCUGUCUCAAUAAAAAAGUAUAUAAUUACUAUAA